AGACGGUUUUCUGUCUUGCUACUGCACAUGGGAUGGAUGAUUGGCUCUCUGGCUCCGAUUCGAAUUUGCAGCCCUGCAGAACCAGAACGAACUCAUCCCCUCCCCCUCUCAGCGCAGGGUCACAAGUGAUGUUCAACAGCUCCCCUUCGUUGUCGUCGUCGUCAGAGAUAUAUUGUGAUGAACCAUUUACUCGCUCGCCUUCGUGGAACCAACCAGCAGUGGGCGCAAGUGUAGCCACAGCCAAUGGCCAACGCCCGCCUGUUCUCAUCAGCCUCUUCCUUCGUCAGUGGCUCUUCUGGACCUGA